AUGCUUGUAGCAUUGCGCCACUCGGCAUUCGGCCUCGUCCAUUGUGAACGGAGUGUGUUUCGGUUGAGCGGCUGCCCUGGCCGCUCCCCAGAGAGAGCCCUGGAGGAGCCCAGGCUGAAGAUCGCUGUUGUAACCCGUGGUGGCGCGCGCGUAUGCUUGCAGCCGCCCAUCGUGGUGCUGAACGUGGUGGUGAUGGAGGCGGAGGGGCUGGAGGCGAAGGAUGCCAACGGCUUCAGCGACCCCUACUGCAUGCUGGGCAUCCAGCCGGGCAGCGCCGGCGCGGGCCCGCCGCCCUCGCCCUCGCCCUACGUCCUGGCGGCGGCGGCGGCGGCGGCGGAGGGCGGCGGCGGCGGCGGCUGCGACACCCCGCCCCCGUCGCCCCGGCCGUCGCCCGCCGCCGCGCGGGCGCUCUCCGACAGCGGCGUGGAGACGGCGGCCGAGCGCCACGACGCGGCCCCGCACGAGAAGCUGCGCAAGCACCACAGCUUGGGCGCGCGUGUCGGCAGCUUCCGGCUCAGCUUCAAGCGCAAGGAGCACGGCUACGGGCGCGAGCGGCGCGACCGCGACGCGCACCGCGACAGCCUGUCGGUGCAAGUGCCGGCCAAUGAUAUCGAUGACGUCACAACGGACAUAUUGCACUUGGAUAUUUGGGACCACGACGACGAGUCGUCGGUGUUCGACGCGGUGAGCAAGCUGAACGAGGUGCGCGGCGUGAAGGGGCUGGGCCGCUUCUUCAAGCAGAUCGCGCAGAGCGCGCGCUCGGGCAGCCAGGACGACUUCCUGGGCUGCGUCAACAUCCCGCUGCAGGAGAUCCCGUCGACGGGGCUGGAGCGCUGGUACAAGCUGGAGGCGCGCACGCAGCGCUCCAACAUCCAGGGCCGGCUGCGCCUCAAGCUGUGGCUGUCGACGCGCGAGGACCGCGGCAACUCCGAGGAGGACAGCGGCGGCGAGCUGCGCCAGCAGGAGCAGCUGCACGCCGUCUUCAUCGAGCACGAGCUGGCGCGCUUCGGGUGGGACGGCCAGCUGCCGCACGUGGCGCUCACCAUUCUCCACCAGCAUGCCAUCCAGGGCGACAUGACGGAGCUGCGCCUGGCCAUGGUGCGCUGGGUGGCGUACGCGCGUCACGCCGCGCGCCGCCCGCUGCACUCGGCUGAGGAAUGUCUGGCAGAAUCCUUUAAUAUUUUUAUAGAUUAUGCAUUACAACUUCUGCGAAAACACCGACAGUAUUUUGUACCACAUUACAAAAUAACAAUGGACAGACUAGAAUAUCUUCUCAGGUGCCUUGGACUCAUGUCAGGAAUGAAGGCCUUUUGGAAGUGCUGUCCUUUCAAUAAAGAAAUCCGUGGAGAAAUAAUUUCAGCAUUGAAAAAAGGAACCUUGGAAUGGUAUGAAGAAAUUCACAGUUACCAUCAACCAGUGUCAAGGAAUCAAGAACAAAUAAUUCAUUCUUUAAUUCACUUAAUUAUUCUGCUUAUAGUGGAUCUUCAAAAAGGAUUGGAUUAUUACAAUAUUUUAUUUGAGAGCACAAAUGGUGUCCCUUACUUCAGUACUGUUUACAAGCAGCUGGAGAAAAUGUUGGCGGAGGAUGUGGGCAAAGAGCUGGAAGUUCUGGAGGUUCACAAUGACCUGAGUCAUCAGGUUGCGGCUUUGUGCAUUCAAAUGCAAAAUACAGAGCUCGGAAUCCCCACAGAUGAGCUGGUUUUGGCUCCAGGAGCAGAGCUUGCUACAUCCAUAUUUGAACUCUACCUUGCAAUGCAAGAGUUAGUGAAUUUCAGAGAAAAUUUACCACCUCAAGAUCAAAAAACAUUAGCUAUUAAUACCUAUUAUGAAUGGUUUGAGCCAGCUGUAGACAAGUGGAUGGAUGUAGCUAAAUACAAGGCAAUGCAUCGAAUUCGUAAAGCUCUUGAGUUGAACAAGACGUGCACUGGUGAUUUCAUAGUAAAACACAGUACGUCAGCUGUGGAUGCAACAUCCUGUUUUUUUCAGAUUAAAGAGUUUUGGAGACAACUAGCAUGGCCAGACCUUGUGGGAUCUUAUAAUUUUGUCGUUAAAAUCAUCGAUUGUAUAUGCAGCGCCGCCGUGUAUUACUCAGACCUUAUUCAUCAGAAGUUGCAAGAUACUGGUUACUAUGAAGAUCCAACCGCCUUUAAAGUCAACGAUGAAAUGUGUGUGACAGUCAAUGAUUUAGAAUAUGUCAGACGAUCUUUAGCAGCUCUGGGGACAGAAUUGCAUGUAGACAACAUUCUAGAGGCUGUAGAAAUGGCAACUGGGGACGGAAAUAGACAGCAAUGGAGAAAUGCUCUCUAUGGCAUUUUGGAUGGAGCCACGACUCAGUUGGAAGCGCGAGUAUUGCAGAUCAUCAGCCGAGUUGCUGCCAAAAUGCGUCCUGCCCUGAAGAAGGCCAUGUUCCAUCUGGCGUGGUCCCCAGACUCCCUGCCCACCUCGGAGGCCAUCUCCCCCCUGCUAGAGUACUUGGACAGCCACCUCGUCGCCCUCAACGCCGCCCUGCUGCCCCGCAACUUCGAGCGCGUCUUGAACGACGUGUGGGACGUCUGCCUUCUCGAACUGGGCCAGCAAAUGGAUGGCAAUGCUGGGAGCCUCAGAGGUCCUGCACAAGCAUUCAUGUCUUUUCCAGGGCCCAUGCAUCCUAGGGAUAAAGUUGCAGUUUUUUAUGAACGACUGUAUGAGGCUCUAGAAAUUCUGGUGGACUUUUUCCAUGCCGAUCAAAAAGGGCUUCCACUGGAUCAACUAAAAUCAGCUACUUACUGGCGAGUAGAACAGAGAUUGCAAUAUCAUAAGACUGAAACAGAGGGGCUCAUUCAUCUCUACUACCUUCAAAGAUUGCAAGAUCAACUGACCACAGAAAGCAUAGAAUAUGGAGUACUCUCUGUCAGAGCCUAUUUCAAUCAUGAUUCUUUGUGUGUGGAGGUGCUAAAUGCAAGAGAUGUGAUACCACUUGACCCCAAUGGCUUCAGUGAUCCAUUUGUCAUCAUAGAAUUGCUCCCUCGAAAAGUAUUUGCUCAUUGUGCAGAACAACAAACAAAUGUCCAAAAGAAAACUUUGCAUCCAAUGUUUGAUGAAUGUUUUGAAUUCUCGGUAACCUUAGAACAAUGUAGAGUGGAAGGAGCGAUGAUUCUCUUCACUGUUAUGGACCAUGAUGUUUUGACCUUCAAUGAUUUUGCUGGAGAAGCUUUUCUGGCCCUAGGAAAUAUUCCUGGAGUAGAUGAAAACAACACCAGUAUUGACAAUUUCCAUGGACUGAAAACUGUGGAAUUGAAUCUCAUGCAUCAAAAAAAUAAAAAUCAUGCUAUACUUCAAACUCUAGAAUCUAGAACUGGAGAUAAGAUGGCCCAAGAUUUUGUCAAAAAACAAAAACAACGCAUAAGUGCCUAAUAAUAAGUGCACAAAUAGUGAUAUGAGAAGUUUGUGAUUUGGAAAUGUCUCUAAGCUCAUGAAGAAAUCUUCAUUAAUCACUUGACACUUGCACAUGGAUCCUUGAAAGUUUGUAGACUACACUGCAACUCUUGAGAAAUAUGUUCCUUACAGUUAUUGCUGUUCUCUUACAUUUUAUGAUAUCCUGUGUAUUCUGUGACGAGUUCCAACAAAAAUAUUUGUGCCAGGACAAUCAUUCUGCAAAAUAUUUGUAGUUUACAGAUUACUACACCUAUUUAGUCUCCAGCAAAAAAAAAAAAAAAAUUUCUGUAUCCAAUUUGUACAUAAAAAGAGCAUAGAACUUCUAAAGCCUGGGUAAAUAGUGGAUAUAUAACAUGAAAUUACAGAAAUUGGAUAUUUUAUUUUUUUAAAAGAAAGAAAGAAAGCAAAACUAUUCUUGGCUGCCUGUCACUGGAUUCUCAAAGAAUUUCUCAUGUUAUUUCAUAUUGAUCUUAGAUUAUUAAACUCUGUAAAGCGCACUUGUAAUAACCUAUUUUAAUAAUGACAGAAAACAACCACUUUUGUCCUUCAAAAAACCGAUUUUCGAUAUGAAAAGUAUUGAUGAAAUCACUGAGGCUGUCUGAAUAAUAAGACAGUUUUCUGCCUCAGAGACACUGCAAUUGAUCAGUAUAUAUUUGGUAUGUCAAGCAUAAAACUUGAUUAUGAAAUUUAUGGCAUUCAUGCUUUCAUGAACAAAAAAUUCUUCUAAAGCGAUGUGUAAGACUUGAAAUACAGAGAGACUGAAAAUUUUGU